AUGAAUGUCGUGGACGAAGAUUAUGUCCCAACACCGGGCGGAAAGCCCGUCGGCAAGUAUCAGAAUGCACUCUACCACCGUGAGGGUCUCUUCUCUGUCAUAUACAAGGCGCCUGCGCUCGGCGGUGAAAGCUACUUUCCAGCAGAGUCGUCGUCUUCAAAGACCAAAGUCGUGGCUCUGAAGAUCACUACACCAUCAGUGAUGGAGCCACCGCACGACUCGCAACGAGAAGCUAAGAUACUAGCCAUGGCGGCUUCAGAGCGGAUCAUUCCAUUGAUAGAAACCUUUCGGGAGAACGGAAGCCACUUCGUUCUGGUCUUCCCAUUCGUGCGCUACGACUUUAGCGACCUGUUGCGGGACAAGAAGCUCUCCAAGAGCCAGAUCAAGUCGUGCUUGAAAGACCUCUUCAUUGGUCUGGCCGACAUCCAUAGCAAAGGGAUCAUCCAUCGCGAUAUCAAGCCUUCCAAUAUACUUCUCAAGUCACUCGACGGGCCAGCAUAUCUCUCCGACUUCGGCAUCGCAUGGGCGCCGGAAGCGCCGGGUUCAGAAUCGGCGGACGCGAAGAUUACCGAUGUUGGUACUACCUGCUACCGACCCCCAGAGCUGCUGUUUGGGAACCAGAAGUAUGGCUGCAGCUUAGACCUGUGGGCUGCCGGUUGCACAGUUGCUGAAGCCCUGGACCCUCACCACGAGACGUUGUUCGAUUCUGGAGAACUGGGAAGCGACUUGGCGUUGAUACAGAGCGUGUUCAAGAAGCUCGGAACCCCGAACUUGGAUGUGUGGCCGGAAGCAGCAAGUUUCCGCGACUGGGGCAAGGUGCAGUUCUACGAAUACCCACCACAAGACUGGUCGGUGUUGCUGCCGAGCCUUUCAGAGGUAGAGCGAGAUGUUGUCGGCAAUCUAGUCAAAUAUGAGAGUGGUUCGAGAAUGAAUGCAUCCAAGGUUCUCGAGCAUGCCUACUUUUCGUCGGGAGAAUAG